CACCCUGUCGAGCCCUGUGCCGUGGGAGCAGGGACAGUGGCAGCUGUGAGAGCAGCAUGCUGGCCAGGGGGCUUCCCCUCCGCUCAGUUCUGGUCAAAGGCUACCAGCCCCUCCUGAGCACCCCGCGGGAGAGCCUGGGGCAUCUCAGGGUGCCCACUGACGAGGGAGCUGGCAUCUCCACUAAAACCCCUCGCCCCUUCAAUGAGAUCCCCUCCCCUGGUGACAAUGGCUGGCUUAACCUGUACCGUUUCUGGAGGGAGAACGGCCCACAGAAAAUACACUUUCACCAAGCCCAGAACUUCCAGAAGUAUGGCCCCAUUUACAGGGAGAAGCUCGGCAAUGUGGAGUCAGUUUACAUCAUUGACCCUGAGGACGUGGCCCUUGUCUUCAAGUUUGAGGGUCCCAACCCAGAACGCUACGACAUCCCGCCCUGGGUCGCCUAUCACCAGCAUUACCAGAAACCCAUUGGGGUCCUGUUUAAGAAGUCAGAAGCCUGGAAGAAAGACCGACUGGUCCUGAAUGCGGAGGUGAUGUCUCCAGAGGCCAUAAAGAACUUCAUUCCCCUGAUGGACACAGUGUCUCAGGACUUCGUGAGCGUCCUGCACAGGCGCAUCAAGCAGCAGGGCUCUGGAGAGUUCUCAGGGGACAUCAAGGAAGACCUGUUUCGCUUUGCCUUUGAGUCCAUCACCCAUGUCUUAUUUGGGGAGCGCCUGGGGAUGCUGGAGGAGACAGUGGACCCUGAGGCCCAGAAGUUCAUUGAUGCUGUCUACAAGAUGUUCCACACCAGCGUCCCCCUGCUCAACCUCCCCCCAGACCUGUUCCGUCUGCUCAGGACUAAGACCUGGAGGGACCACGUGGCUGCAUGGGAUGUAAUUUUCAAUAAAGCUGAAAAAUACACCCAGAAAUUCUAUGGGGACCUGAGAUUAAAAACAGAAUUCACCGAUUAUCCAGGCAUCCUCUACCGUCUCUUGGGAAAUGACAAGCUUCUCUCAGAUGAUGUCAAGGGCAACGUUACGGAGAUGCUGGCAGGGGGCGUGGACACGACAUCCAUGACGCUGCAGUGGCACUUGUACGAGAUGGCACGCAGCCUGAAAGUGCAGGAGAUGCUACGGGAGGAGGUCCUGGCUGCCCGGCGCCAGGCCCAGGGAGACAUAAACACGAUGCUGCAGUUGGUCCCGCUCCUCAAAGCUAGCAUCAAGGAGACUCUGAGACUGCAUCCCAUCUCCGUGACCCUGCAGAGAUACCUUGCAAAUGACUUGGUUCUUCGAGGUUACAUGAUUCCUGCCAAGACAUUGGUGCAAGUGGCCAUCUACGCCAUGGGCCGAGAUCCCAACUACUUCUCAAAACCAAGCAAGUUUGACCCAACCCGGUGGCUGGGUAAAGACAGGGACCUCAUCCACUUCCGGAACCUGGGCUUUGGCUGGGGUCUGCGGCAGUGCGUGGGCCGGCGGAUCGCUGAGCUCGAGAUGACCGUCUUCCUUAUCCACAUUCUGGAGAACUUCAAGAUUGAAAUGCAGUAUCUCAAUGAUGUGGACAGCAUCUUCAGCCUCAUCCUGAUCCCCGACAAACCCAUCUUCCUCAUCUUCCGGCCCUUCAACCAGGACUCACACACGGCGUGAUCUGAGAGGGUGGCCACUGCUCUUCCUGUCAUCCAGGCUGGCAGGCAUGUGGGAGGGCGGCCCGAGGGGGUGGGGCCCAUGGGAGUGUCUGCACCUCCAGUGCUCCAUCCCCACCCCUGCUCCCUUCUGGCCAGCUCUGACCAAAUGGAGUUGGCACCCAGUGGUCAGCUGCUUCAGCUCAGCUGAGGCGCCCCUCUCUUCCCCCACCUCUUCCCCCUCAUUGUCCACCCCAUGAAGGCAAUAAAUGGCUGAACUA